UGUUUUCCCUCAAAUUUUUAAAGAAAACAUUUUCUCCUAUUUUGAGGAAACAUUGUUCAAGAUAUCUAGUGCAACCAAAUAAGAGAAAAUAGGAAAACAUUUACCAUGAUUCCAAACAUACCCUUAGAACCUAUAUGUGUGUCUCUAUUAGACCUCAUCGAACUGUGCUAAGUGAUGUGAUUUGGUUUCAUACAUGUGCUUGUGGGAGCUAGCAGGUAUCCCGUGGAAUUAGUUGACGUGCGAGCAAGCUGGCCUAGACAGGACACCACGGUUAUCCAAAAAAAGAAGUGAUGCGAUUUGGUUUCAAACUUGUAUUGUGUAGGUUAGGGUAGAUAUGGAUCCUAUGAGUUCAGAGAUGGAACCAGCUCAGAUGAACAGUGCACCUAGGAGACCUCAUAUUCUUCUUGCAGCAAGUGGAAGUGUGGCUGCUAUUAAGUUUGCCAAUCUUUGUCGUUGUUUUUCUGAAUGGGCAGAAGUUAAAGCAGUUGCAACAAAACCUUCUCUUCAUUUCAUAGACAAAGCUUCACUUCCGGAAAAUGUCAUUCUUUAUACUGAUGAGGAGGAAUGGUCCACUUGGAAGAAGAUAGGUGAUAGCGUGCUACACAUUGAGCUCCGCAGGUGGGCUGAUAUUAUGGUUAUUGCCCCUUUGUCAGCAAACACACUUGGGAAGAUUGCUGGCGGACUAUGUGAUAACUUGUUAACCUGCAUCAUACGAGCAUGGGACUACAAUAAACCCCUUUUUGUGGCACCAGCCAUGAAUACAUUGAUGUGGAAUAAUCCAUUCACAGAAAGGCACCUUAUGAUAAUUGACGAGCUUGGGAUCUCUCUUAUACCACCAGUAUCAAAGAGACUGGCUUGUGGAGAUUAUGGAAAUGGAGCAAUGGCUGAACCUUCUCUCAUCUACUCAACUGUAAGACUCUUCUAUGAGUCACGAUCACAAUCAGGUGGCAGCAACAUGGCGUGAUCCACAGAUAAUUAAACUCCGUUCGUCGGUUUGUACAAGUGAUAGAAAUUGUCAAAAUUCAGGACCUCGAGUAAUGUUACUUAGCAUACGCCAGUUGUGUUUAUUUUUUUCUUAAAUUCUUCACCUCCCUAGUGUCAUGUUUGUAUCAAAUUCAAUCAAGGUUCAUGUUCAUUGUAGUCGAUUGCCUCAGAAUAUUAUGCAA